AUGGAAGGCGAGGCGGCGGCCGUAUCGAUUCGCGGGGGUGGAGCGGGCGCCGCCUGCCAAAGUGGCCGGGCUUCGCCCCAGCUCAGCUCAGCUCAGCUCGGCGCGGCUCGCUGCCUGCCCGCCUCCCGUGCUCUCAUGCCCUCACCACCGACUGAGUCGUUGUCCUCGCUGCAGGGACGGGGCGUGCUGGCAGCGCGCCUACACUUCCUGGCGCCGUAUCUCUGCCGCCACCCGCCACCCACCACUCCAGGGCAGCAGGGCGGGGCGGGGGCGGGGGCGGGGGCGGUGAACGGGCGAGGAGGCGCGCGGCCGGCGCGCCCAGAAAGGGUCGAGGACGGCUCCCCUACACCCCUGCUCGGAAGCGAGUGCCGUCUGUGUGUCCGCAGGAUGCUGCAGCGGGCGCAGGAGACGGGCUACAUCAACAUCAACUGCGUGGACCCGCUGGGACGCAGCGCGCUGCUCAUGGCCAUCGACAACGAGAACCUGGAGAUGGUGGAGCUGCUGAUCGAGUACAAGGUGGAGACGAAGGACGCGCUGCUGCACGCCAUCUCGGAGGAGUUCGUGGAGGCGGUGGAGGUGCUGCUGGACCACGAGGAGACGCUGCACCGGCCCGGCGAGCCGCACAGCUGGGAGGCGCUGCCGCCGGACACAGCCACCUUCACGCCGGACAUCACGCCGCUCAUCCUGUCUGCGCACCGCGACAACUACGAGAUCAUCAAGAUCCUGCUGGACCGCGGCGCCACGCUGCCCAUGCCGCACGACGUCAGGUAG